CUUGCCACCUGAUGUUGUUGCGUCUUCGUGUUCGGGAUUGCGAGUAGGGACGCAGCCGUGGGGAGUGGAACCGGUGCAAAAUUUGAGCUGGUUUUGGGGAGUAGGCUGUUCUGUGUUGUUGUUGUGAAGGUGGAGAAGCGAGAGGCAUGAUAUGUGGACUAAAGAAAAGGUGGAAUCUGACGGGAGGAGUGACGUCGUGGAGGGAUUGGGCUGUGCCGAGUUGCGGGUAGUUUUGCAUUUGGGUUUGAAUAUGGGCAGCGGAGGACAGGGUGAGCUGCCGCAGGAUUUGGUGUCGGUGCUUCCCUCAGAUCCGUAUGAGCAGCUCGAUGUCGCUCGUCGUAUCACGGCCAUGGCUGUGGCGACGAGCAUGUCAAAACUGGAAUCGGAAACCGGAAAGCUACGCCAGAAACUGACGGAAAAGGAGCAAGUCAUUCAUGGAUUGCAGGGGCGUGUGCUCGAAGCCGAGGCUGCUUUGCAGGUUCUGAACGCCAAGUUGUCGCAGUCUGAAGCUGAGCAGACGAAGUUAGUCGAUGAGAAGAACUCACUGGCCUUACAAGUGAAAGGAUUGUUGAGGGAUGUUGCGAAGCUGGAGACCUUUAAAAGGACGCUCAUGCACUCUCUUGAACAGGAGGAGGAUGACAACCUCGCUCCGAAUUCUGCAAUAUGGAAGGCUUCACAGGCGGAGUCAGCCGUGGUUAAGGCGCAAAAUUUCGAGGAUCAUGGUCGCUACGCAAAAACGUCUUCACGUCCCGAUCCACCCAAGUAUCAAGGCGAUCUUGAUGCAGUUUCAGACGGCAGAACAACACCACCAAAAUCACGGAAUGGACGUACCGUACCGAAGCAAAUCGUAGGAGGAUCAACGACUCUGCGGCCGAGCUCGCAACUAAUCCCAAUUGGGUCACGUUUGCCUAAGAAUGUAGAUUCACCUCUGAACUCGAUGAUCCAGCUGCCAUCGUCGCAGCCAACCAGCGGGGCUAGCUCUCCUCCAAGUCAUGGCUCCGGACAAUCGCGCUCCACUCGACUAGAUGGCAAGGAGUUUUUCCGGCAAGCUAGGAGUCGGUUGUCGUAUGAGCAGUUCAGCUCGUUUUUGGCCAACAUCAAGGAGCUCAAUGCACAUCGGCAAACACGAGAGGACACACUGGGACAAGCGGAGAGAAUAUUUGGUCCAGAGAACAGGGACCUGUCCAUUGCCUUCGAAGCAAUCCUCAGCCGACAUCUUCCUUCAUAACCAUUCACUCGUUUCAACAACUGAAGGUCGGCUUAUCUCAAGUUCCAAGGUCCGCUGUUGUGUGUUCUUCCGAUGAAAGAUGGAGUACAUGUCCAGAGAAUAGCGAUCGAGUGAUCACACAUCGAGCAGAUCACACACUGCAGGAGACAGCUUCAUGUGUUUCCAUGUAAUUAAAACCGGGACUCUCUCUAUCUCUCUCGCUCUCAUUGUCAGCAAACCCAUCGUGUUGAAAUCAUUUUGCAGACUAAACCAGCAGGAAAGAAUCCCAGCUCUAAGACUGAAGUAAGCUUCUUCUUCUUCUUCUUCUUCUUUAUCACACAGUUUUAUUUGAAGGAGUCGGUAAUGCACACGGCGUUAGUUGAUGACCCCAUGUAUUUAUAUCUGUAUAUAUUUUCAGCCAAUUGUUGCGGCCAUUCAGGUGCUUAUGGGACACGAGAAUUACAUGCUCCUGUUGAUCUAUCUCCAAGGGAUGCUGUUAAUACUUGCUUCGGUUUCCUUCAUUCUCAGUCUUCUUUCUGGUUUCAGCGAGUGGAUUGUUGGAUAAGUUUCUCCAAACUUCGUAGUUGGGUUAUCUCUUUCCAAUCUACUGAUUUAAUAUUCUUGAUCAUUUUAUGAUA